AUGAUUGUAGUUGCUUUGGUUGUGUUCUAUGCUAGCAGAAGCCUUUUUCAAGGUUUGCUGUUGACUCUAGAGCACCACAUUCCCCAUUUACUGGGAGCCUUGGGGGCUAGCAAUAUGGGAAACUCCUGUGUUUGCCGCGAUGACAGUGGAGCAGAAGACAACGUGGAAUCUCGGAGUCGGCAAACGGAGAACAGUAGAGCACACAUACCUGAAGCAAGAAGCCACUCAAGGGACCCUGUCCGUCCACCCAGGAGGGGUCGAGGGCCUCAUGAACCAAGAAGGAAAAAACAGAAUGUGGAUGGGCUAGUACUUGACACACUGGCUGUAAUUCGGACGUUAGUAGAUAAUGACCAGGAGCCUCCUUAUUCAAUGAUCACGUUGCAUGAAAUGGCAGAAACAGAUGAAGGCUGGUUGGAAGUUGUCCAAUCUUUAAUUAGAGUUAUUCCAUUAGAAGAUCCCCUGGGACCAGCUGUUAUAACGCUACUACUUGAUGAAUGUCCACUGCCAACAAAAGAUGCAUUACAAAAGUUAACUGAAAUAUUAAACUUAAGUGGAGCUGCUGCUUGCCAGGAUGCGUGUCACCCUGCCAAACACCGGAAUACAACUGCGGUACUGGGCUGCUUAGCAGAGAAGUUAGCAGGUCCUGCGAGUAUAGGCUUACUCAGCCCAGGCAUAUUGGAAUAUUUACUUCACAGCUUGAACUUCCAGUCCCAUCCGACAGUGAUGCUUUUUGCACUAAUAGCACUGGAGAAGUUUGCACAAACAAGUGAAAAUAAAAUGACAGUUUCUGAAUCGUGCAUUAGCGACCAACUGAUCUUGCUAGAGAAAUGGACAGAUAAUCCAGACUAUUUAAAACGCCAGGUUGGAUUCUGUGCUCAGUGGAGUUUAGACAAUCUGUUUUUAAAAGAAGGCAGGCAGUUUACAUAUGAGAAGGUUGACUUGACCAACAUUAGGGCUAUGUUGAACAGUAACGAUGUCAGUGAAUACCUGAAGAUCUCGCCACAUGGAUUAGAGGCUCGAUGUGAUGCCUCAUCCUUUGAAAGCGUGAGAUGUACGUUCUGUGUAGACUCUGGAGUUUGGUACUAUGAAGUUACAGUCAUUACUUCAGGAGUGAUGCAGAUAGGAUGGGCUACCAAAGACAGCAAAUUUCUCAAUCAUGAAGGUUAUGGCAUUGGGGACGAUGAAUACUCCUGUGCAUAUGAUGGCUGCCGGCAGCUGAUUUGGUAUAAUGCCAGAAGUAAACCACAUUCCCAUCCCUGUUGGAAAGAAGGAGACACAAUAGGAUUUCUACUAGACUUGCAAGAAAAGCAAAUGAUCUUCUAUUUAAAUGGAAACCACCUUCCUGCCGAGAAGCAAGUAUUUUCAUCUGCUGUAUCUGGCUUUUUUGCUGCAGCUAGUUUCAUGUCCUAUCAACAAUGUGAGUUCAACUUUGGGGCAAAACCUUUCAAGUACCCACCAUCGAUGAAGUUUAGUACCUUUAAUGAUUAUGCCUUUCUGACAGCAGAAGAGAAGAUCAUUUUGCCCAGACACAGGCGCCUGGCUUUGUUGAAGCAAGUGAGUAUCCGAGAGAACUGCUGCACGCUUUGCUGCGAUGAGGUAGCUGACACAGAACUCAGGCCGUGUGGACACAGUGACCUGUGCAUGGAGUGUGCCUUGCAACUGGAGACCUGCCCUUUGUGUCGACAGGAAAUACAAACACGAGUCAGACAGAUCUCUCACAUUUCAUGACACACGUGGAGAAAUACCACAGACUUGUUUUUCAUGAACUCCAACCAAUACUGAAAGGGGAAAGCAUCUCUAACCAAUCCUUGCGCACAUAGAACCAUAGCCACGGCCAGAUUUCAUGCUAAACUGUAAUCUGUUUAUCUUAAAAAUGAAAUCUUUAAUAAGCUAUUUCAA